AUGUCGCUCUCCAACUGCCGAUUUUACGAGGAGAAAUAUCCCGAGAUUGACUCCUUCGUGAUGAUCGCCGAUAUGGGUGCUUAUGUGAAGCUCCUCGAGUACGAUAACAUCGAUGGCAUGAUUCUGCUUUCCGAACUUUCGAGACGUCGUAUUAGAAGUAUUCAGAAACUUAUCCGUGUUGGGCGCAACGAGGUUGUCGUUGUCUUGCGUGUCGACAAGGAGAAAGGUUACAUUGAUCUUUCCAAGCGCCGUGUGUCCCCCGAAGACAUUAUCCGCUGCGAGGAACGCUACAACAAGAGCAAAAUUGUCCACUCCAUCAUGAGGCACGUGGCCGAGAAGACCCAGACCCCAAUCGAGAAGCUUUACGAGACAAUAGGGUGGCCGCUCAACAAGAAGUAUGGCCACUCGCUUGAUGCCUUCAAGCUCUCAAUAACCAACCCCGACGUUUGGGCCGAUGUCCAGUUCCCUACCGAUGCCGAUGCCGACGAGCUCAAGUCCUACAUCGGCAAGAAGCUCACUCCCCAGCCCACAAAGGUCCGUGCCGACAUCGAGGUCACCUGCUUCAGCUACGAGGGCAUCGACGCCAUCAAGACUGCUCUGCGCACCGCCGAGGCCCGUAACACCGCCGAGACCCAAGUCAAGUGCCGCUUGGUUUCCCCCCCUCUCUAUGUCCUGACCAACACCUGUCUCGACAAGAACGCCGGUAUCGCGCGGCUUGAGGAGGCGAUUGUUGACGUGAAAACAAGCAUCGAGGCGGCUGGCGGUAACCUCGUCGUCAAGAUGGCGCCCAAGGCGGUCACCGAGUCGGACGACGCCGAGCUCCAGGCGCUUAUGGAGAAGCGCGAGCGCGAGAACGCCGAAGUCAGCGGCGACGAGAGGGAAAAAAUGGCGGCCCGCUGGGCCUCAUGGGGAUCUACCGCCAGCAAAGGAAACAAGCCAUUCCCAUUCCUUCGCCAAGUCACCCACUACCUAAUCCGCUACGCGACCUGGAUCCCGCCACUCAUCUGGCUCAACGCCUACGUCGCCGAACUCACCUUCAUCCGUGGACCGUCCAUGUACCCUUUCCUAAACCCACAUUACAACGAAUCACUCAAGCGGGAUCUGUGUCUGGUGUGGAAGCUGUACGCGCAGGAGGACCUGCAGAGGGGCAUGGUCGUUACGUUCCGAAACCCCUACACCCCCACCACCACAACAGUCAAACGCAUCGUCGGGCUACCGGGCGACAUAGUCCGCACCAAACCACCCUAUCCGUACGAGCACGCCGUCGUGCCGGAGGGGCAUCUGUGGGUGGAAGGGGACGGUGAGCGCAGCCAGGAUAGUAACUAUUACGGUCCUGUGUCGGCAAGGCUGGUCACGGGGAAGGUGGCGUAUAUUUUGUCGCCGUGGGAGAGGGCGGGGCGGGUGAAGUGGUGGGAACAUCCUUUGCGUGGGGGGACGGCCCAAGAUUCCCCGUCGACCGGCUCGCCCUCGCCCUCCGCGCCCGAAUCCUCCCCGCUGUCCUCGUCAUCCCCGAACCGUCUCAGCGCCAGAACCGGCACUAGUACCGGCACUGACGCUCGUACCGGCGCCCCAGUCGCUGCUGUCCCCGUUCCGGAUCUCGCCGGCCGACAUGUGGAUUUUGCGUACACCCUAUCGCAUGCCCCCCUCGUCGAAACCGAACAGCCCCGCGCUCAGCAGCAUACUAUGAAACCACAAGAUGGAGAAGCCGAGGAUACGCGCCCGCCCUACCUGCACUGCACCCUUGCCGGCGGAUUGGGCGGGUCCACCGGCGACAUGCUGAUGCACUCCCUCGACACAGUCAAGACCCGGCAGCAGGGGGAUCCACACAUACCGCCGAAAUACACAUCUCUCGGGUCGUCGUACGUCAAGAUCUUUCGGCAGGAAGGGUUGCGUCGGGGGUUGUACGGCGGCUGGGCCCCUGCGCUGGCCGGCUCGUUCCCGGCCACGUGCUUCUUCUUUGGCAGCUAUGAAUACAGCAAGCGGCAGAUGCUGGAUUAUGGUGUGCAGCCGCAUCUUGCGUACUUGCUCGCUGGGCGAUACAACAACCCGCACUUCAACUCGGGGUAUAACUACCGGGGCAUGACCGAUGCGGUGAGGACGAUUGUGCGGACUGAAGGCAUAUCCGCGCUUUUCCACGGCUAUGGCGCAACACUAUGGCGCGACCUGCCGUUUUCAGCGCUCCAGUUUAUGUUUUACGAGCAGAACCUCAGCUGGGCGCAACAGUGGGUGGGUGGGCGCGAUGUUGGGUGGCAACUGGAACUCCUAACGGGCGCGGCAGCCGGCGGUUUAGCCGGUAGCAUGACGUGCCCCCUGGAUGUGGUCAAGACAAGACUUCAGACCCAGAUUGAUCCUCGGACCAUCACCACCAACACUAGCUUAGCACCAACACCAACACCAACCGCCACUGAACCACCAAAUACCGCAACGACCAAGGACGGACACACCAAAUCAACGAGCUCGUCCGAAGCAGCCAAGCUGCAGAAGCGGUUGAUAUCAACGUCCUCCCCGUCGACGCACACUCCAAAACCUGGCGCCGUUACGCUUCAAACAUCAUCAAUGAUCACCGGACUGCGGCUGAUUUACAAGAGUGAGGGCAUUGGGGGCUGGUUCCGAGGCGUCGGCCCACGAGCAGGGUGGGCGGCCAUCCAGAGCGGGUGCAUGUUAUUCCUGUACCAAGCGAUCUUGCGCCGGUUGGACAUGUUCAUGCCGAUGGAGCGGCGAGACCUUGUAUAG